AUGGUUUCGCGCACAAGUAUUCCAGAUGGAUUCCCAUCGGUGGAGGUGGAAGUUGGUAACUCUUCCAAGAGGAGUACAACAAGCAUACCAUCCGGUAACAACACAUUUCUUCCGCCUCCGCCAUUCACAUUUCCUCCACAACCUUUCAGCCAAAUCAAAAUCGUGCCCUCUAAUUCAAUGAGACAAUCUGGUCUAAAGGCAACUGAAAUUGCUCUUCUCCGCAAGAAGCAAGAGCGAUUAACAUCCACAGAAACAACUACUCUUGACGCUCUGAGCACUUUGCCGAAUCAAGCCAAUCUCCAGAAUGCUCUAUCUGCGACCCUAAUCUUCGCUCAGUACGAAGCUGGGACAGCGGUGUGCAUUGACAGAGCAGGCUGGCUCUUAACCUGUGCACACUGCUUCGGCGAUGACGGUCAAGAAUACAAGAAAUUGAACAAGAAGAAAUGGCUGCUGUUCCACAACGGUCUAGCAGUGCAAGCUGAGUGCAAAGUCUGGGAUCCUAAGCGCGAUUUAGCUCUGCUUCAGAUAAUAGCCAUCGAGUCAGACAAAGCAGAGUCUGACACCCUGACAACCUUCCCAUUCGUCAAUUUAUCCACGAGUGUCCCAAGACCAAGAAUGCCUAUCUUUUGUAUCGGACAACCUGGUAGUGAUGAUCUGGAGUCAGCGUCUGCGCGAAAGACGAACUACAACCUCAUGGAAGUAUCAGAAGGCAAAUUUCUCGGCAUGGUGCCAAAUGCCGACCCCCAAGACAAUUCAGAGAUCGGCACUUUGAAGCAUGACGCUUGGACGUAUUGGGGACACUCUGGUGCUCCUCUCCUGUCUGCAAAAGAUGGUACUCUGAUCGGUCUACACUCAUCGUGGGAUGACCAGAGUGCAACUCGACAUGGGGUACCACAAGUGGCAAUUCAAGAGUUUCUUCAGAAGGAAGUCCCGGCUGCGAUGAGAUCCCACAUGUCGAUUGAUCUAGGUGGCGAUUGA